GCGAGGCCCCAGCAGAAGUUUCCGUCCAACACCACACGGCCAGUCAGCCACACCCCCACGCGGUCACUCGUCGUUCUCCUCGCCGUCUCCCAGUCCCAGCCCAGCGGAGCCCGAGCCGAGCCAAGCCAAGCUGCGGAGCACGAAGAGAGAGCCUCCCCGUCCCCGGCCGCCAUUACUCCUCGCCGUCCCUGCUCCCCGGCAAUAAAUGCAGCCGCUCGAGCCGCGCACCACCCACCCCGCCAGAUCUGAAUUCUGAACCCCGCGACAAGGCGAGGGCGAGGGCGAGGGCGAGGGCGAGAGCGAGGAAGGAAAGCAAAAUAUCACCACUUCACCACGCCACCUCCAACAUUUACUCCUCCCCCAGCUCACGCGGCCUCGUUUCCACCCACUGAUCCAGGGCAAGGCAUCCACUAGCCACCACCACCAUCGUGCGCGCGCUCCGCCAAUGCCAUUCCGCCGCGCCCUCGCCACCACCAGGGACUCGCCACCACCGCCGGCAAGACCACCGCGAUGUCCCUCCUCUCCUCGCUCUCCAGCCUGGGCCUCGGCUACUCCAUCGCCAUCGCGCUCGGCUUCCUCGUCCUGCUCGCCUCCCUCCUGCUGGCUUUCUACUUCUGCUUCGGCCGUGGCGGCGGCGGCGGCGGGGACUACUGGGCCGGUGAAGCGGUCACCACGGCCUCCAGCUCCGGCCACCUCUCCAUCACCGUCCCGCGCGUGCUCUUCGUCGCGGAGGGGUCCGAGUCCCCCGACGACGCCGCCUACUCCUCCGCCUCCGCCGCGGCGGCCUGCUCCCCCGUCGGGCUCGACGCCGCCGCCAUCGCGUCCUACCCCAAGGUCGCCUUCUCCAGCAGGGCCGCGGAGGCGGACGCCAUGUGCUCCAUCUGCCUCAGCGAGUACAGGGACGGCGAGAUGCUGCGCGUGAUGCCCGAGUGCAGGCACGGCUUCCACGUCGCGUGCCUCGACGCCUGGCUGCGCCGGAGCGCGUCGUGCCCCGUCUGCAGGUCCUCUCCCAUCCCGACGCCCAAUGCCACGCCGCUCGCGACGCCGCUCUCCGAGCUCGUCCCGCUCUCGCAGUACGCCGCCGACCGGAGGCGCCGCAGGUGAUGGACACGGCCACAUUACUGGUGCAACACACUAUAUUGCUCUCUUUUUUUUCCCCAUCUUUUUAUUGCGUUGGAGGAAAGGAAGUUAUGGGUUGCUUGACUAGUUGACUGUGGGGUUGCUUUUAGGAUAUCUACAAAAUUGUUUGGAUUGAAAUCACAACUACCUUGAUUAGAUUUUGUAACGUAGAAGAAGUAAAAGGUGGAGCAAGGGAUACUGUAAAUACAGAUUGCCCGUUUCUGUGAGUAUCUUCUGCUGAUUUAUACUCUUUGCUAUUGAAACUAUGGCUAGAUGGGUUAUUGAGAAUUGUUGUCCCAGUUUCAAUGAAAAGCAUCCGUAAUUGGCUAGAAGCUAAUAAUAAUAAAAAAAACGUCUGGGUACAGGAGAUUUCUAGCUCCGGAUGGUUGGUGAGCUGGAACAUCAAUGCUCAUGAGCUAAACGAAUGUUGAUUUGUCUUCGUGUGCAUGUGAACAUGUUAUUCUUUGUCCUAUAGAUAUUACUCGAUUGAUUUACUUUACCACAAAUUACCUUUACACACA